AUGACGGAGACAAUCAGUGAAUGGCUUCCUUUCGAUGCCUCGCAGCCCAAGCGCCGGCGGGCCGAGCUUGUCUGUGUAGUCUUUCACGGCAAGAAGGUCAAGUGCGAUCUUCAGGCCAGAGCUUCUGAAGGAUACCAGAGUUGUCACUCAAGUCGCGUCCCAACACCACCAGCGACAUCGGCUUCUGGUGAUGAAGCAACCGCCUCACAAACGGAUGCCGUUGCCGAUGCCAUCCAUGUUCUAUCAACAGGCUUUAAUGAAUUCGUUCCGCCACCUCCGCCGUCCCGCUCUCGCAACUCAGUAUCAGAGCAGCACAGACAUGCCUCAUCCCCGUAUUCAGUUGCCCCGAUUAUGCGCUCUCAAGAAGUUCAUCUUGCACCAUCGCCAUCUCAGAGAUCUCAGAGCAGCGAUGCACACACUGAGGGUGUUGCAGAGAGCCAUACUGGAGAUAUCGACACUGGUUUCUUACAGGUCUAUGCGCCCGAGAAUCAGUCUGACGCUGAGAAACAGGCAUUAAAGGCGUGCUUGGACCACAAGUACAGUCUCUCGAAUCCCCAUGAACAGGAUCUUCAAGAAAGCUUUGCCGAAACCUACUUCGAGUAUUGCUAUGCCUGGUGUCCGGUUUUGGAUUCGGAUACCCUUGCGAGCGAUAUUGCGCGAUCUCCUCUCCUUGCAAACGCAUUGGCAACUGCAGCAAGCAACGUGCAGCCUCCUCUGGUUCCUUACGAAGGACCAGCCGAGUACUACAAGAGGGCACGUACAAUGUUUUACGAAGAUGAAGAGACAGAUGGUUUGACUACACUUAUGGCCGUUUCUCUAUUUUACUGGUGGGCUCCACGCCCCCCAAGCACAGUCCAUCGACACUCAUCAUGGUGGUGGACGUCGGUCCUUAUUCGUCAUGCGCAGCAAAUGAAUCUCCAUCGUGAGCCCACAGCUAGCCAAGUCGUUUCCGGCAACUUGAACCUGGGAUUGCGAAGGAGGAUCUGGUGGACCGCAUUUCGUUUGACUGCCUUGUGUCAGAGUAAGCCAGCGAUCAUCGAUCUCGAUGACUGUAACAUUCAAGAACCCACGCUAUCGGACUUUCCGAGUGAUCUCAGGUCUCAAAGGAAAGGGGAAAUAUUCAUUUACUGGGUUCGUCUCUGUGUUAUCAUCGGGAGAAUUGUCAAAACACUCGCACAGGAGCUGGUGGACUGGGUCAAUUCACUCCCUCCACACCUGCAACUACCCAUCGAAGCACUUCCUCCAGCUAUUCUAGCAGCAUCCUGUAUCGCGAGAAUACUGCGCGACAUCUUAUCUCAUGCCAAUGACUGUCUAGAUAUCCUCGUGCGGGCAGCAGACCAGCUUCAGAUCAUGUGGGGUUCCGCCAACGUCAUUCGGCAGGGUUUCUCACGACUAAGGGGUACCGAAUCAGGUGCGGUCAGAGCCGCAAGGCCGGAGGCAGAGAACAAUGAGCCCAUCCAUGAUGGGACUGGGGUUUCCGUUCCUGGAUCGCCAAAUGCCGAGGCAGUGCCAAUGGGCAGAGGAGGCCUGGAUGACUUCGACUGGACUGCACUGUUCCCAUUCGCUACACAACAUACCGGGGGAAUAGCUGACAGUCUCUUGACUGGUUGGGCACAUGGCACAGCGACAAGAGGCUUUCCGUCUCCAGAUAAUGCGCUAUUUCACGAGACCCUCGUGAAUCAGUUUGAAGAUUUGUUCGAGCCAUUUGUGGAUUAUCGUUUGGACUUCAUGGUCCCUGUAUGA